UUUGAGGAUGCAAUGAACAGUAGCCGUGCAUCCGAAAUCAAGAAACUGUGCUCCAAAGCUGGGCUUAUCUUUGGUCUCUCUGAACAGUAUUUCGCUGAUAUAGCGUAUGACCGAGCAAGUGUACCUGAGAUCCAGGGUCUCCUCGGUACCUCUACAUCCCAGCGUAUGCCCAAGCCUUUCCCACCCAUCCUUUUCCCGAAUCUCAUCGAAGAUCCCUCGCUGAAAACGGUCUUUGGAAAUUGGGAACCCUUCGGCAAGGCUAUCCGGAUUCUGCUGUGGGGUGAGAAUGGCUUGACUGCGCUACGAGCAGGAGGACCUCCGCGAAAUGGUAAUAGGUGGGAGGUGACAUCUUUAACACCCGGUUUGUUGGCGUGGGUGGGCGUAGUUGUGAGUUUUUGUGUGUCGGAAGAGUCUCACCUGAUGUGUUUUUGUCAGGUUGUUUUUCUACUGAGUGCCGACAAGGAAUUUCGCUAUUCUGGCAAGGGCGAGAUGACCAAGAUCCAGUACAGCUAUAUGUUCACCUCAUAUAAGAAGAUUCUUGUCAAGAACUGGAACACGGAGUACACACGCGACAUUGUGAAGAAGCUGAAUAAUUAUGUCUUCUCCAGAGGUUCGAGAACAACUAACUCAAUGUCAGAUGAAGAGGAUUUCACCGCGGCUAUGGAUCGUGCCUUAGUGGGUGUG